UUUGUCUGCAGCCCCCUCCCACAAUUCAGCCAAAGGAUUAUAGUGUCACUGAGGGUCACGGUCAUUAUAAAUACCCCUGUGGCCUCUCACUUCCCCAUCAGAGAGGUUGAAUAUCUGCAGGACAUGCUCAUCAUUUGUCUAUCCGUGUUCUUUUAUUAAAUAUCAUCUCGAACUUUCACGUAGAUGCAGAGAUCACCUGCCAGUUUCACACUUAAGGUUUUAUGACAAAAACCCCAAGAUAGAAAUUAACGGAGCAAAUGAUUUCAGUCUUGUGAAGCAGGGUUGCUUUUCACGCGAACUUCUUUGUAGGUUAUAGAGGCAUUUAUGCUCGGUUUUCCAUAGUUUAUACGCCUUUGUGUUCAAAGGGAACACAUCCAGAUCUGAGAGGAAGCUCUUGGAGGUUCUUCUCCUUCUCACUCUCAAGUCCCUCCAUAUUUUUUGGCAUCGCCUCUGAGUUAUAGCAGCCAUGUGGGAGUUCCGGUCCAUGUCUUUUUGGCGGGCUGUGUUUGCCGAGUUCUACGGCACCAUGUUCUUUGUGUUCUUCGGGCUGGGAGCAGCUCUGCGUUGGACCACCGGGCCACACAACGUGUUCCAAGUCGCCUUCUGCUUCGGGCUGGCAGCUGCCACACUCAUCCAGUCCAUCGGCCACAUCAGCGGUGGCCACAUCAACCCAGCCGUCACGUUCGCCUACCUGAUUGGCUCCCAGAUGUCCCUGUUUCGUGCUUUCUUCUACAUCUGUGCUCAGUGCUUGGGCGCGCUGGCUGGAGCCGCUGUGCUGUAUGGGGUCACGCCAAGCAAUAUGAGAGGCAAUCUGGCCCUGAACACGCUUCAGCCAGGCAUCAGUCUGGGAAUGGCCACCACCAUAGAGAUAUUCCUGACUCUGCAACUUGUAGUCUGUGUCUUUGCUGUGACGGAUGAGAGGCGAAACGGGCGACUGGGGUCUGCUGCCCUGUCCAUUGGUUUCUCAGUGCUUGUGGGUCACCUGCUGGGGAUGUAUUACACUGGAGCUGGAAUGAACCCUGCCAGGUCUUUUGCGCCUGCUGUGCUGUUUAGGAACUUUAAUAACCAUUGGGUCUACUGGGUGGGCCCUAUCAUCGGCGGUGCUAUGGGCGCCCUGCUGUACGACUUCAUGCUCUUUCCACGCAUGCGCGGCCUGUCCGAGCGACUGGCCGUGCUCAAGGGUAACCGACCCUCUGAGGCCGAAGCCCAACAGGAGACCAGAGGAGAACCGAUUGAGCUCAAAACACAAGCCUUAUAAACACUGCCAGGAAACUUUGAAUCCCUGAAGCAACACAUACAUACGAUCAUUUCACACACCUCAUCUUCACACACCUCCAAUAUACCAACAAAGUUUGCCAUAGGGAGAAUCACACACACACACACACACUUCCAAAGGCAAUCGAGACACUAUAACCCCUUCCCAAAGACUAAGAAUGAGGGUAAGAUGAGGACUUCCUGCUGAGGACUGCGCUCUGUACCUCCAGGUAUAGGGAGCGAGAUCAGGUGGCUAACGCCGCUCAGGGGCACCUCUGUCGUUUCUAGUCUACUAAGAGUGAACUACGCUAGAAGUGGACUUCUGCAUGCUUUCCAGUUUCACAGGGUUGAAAUCUCACACAUUCAUUUCAUUUCAGUUUAUUUUUUCUUUGAUUUUUCAGAGAUGUGACACGUGUACAAUAUUAUUAGCAUUUUGCAACAGAUUUCUUUACAUUUUACUUACAGUCGGCAUUAUUCAGUUGUGCUUGGUGUGUGUGUGUGUUUUCCAGUUUGGCUCUUCCAUUUCCACCAUUCGCCUUGUUUGUAUCAAUGCGAUGUUCUUUUUUCUAUCCCUCAAAAUGAAGGAAACAUUCCUUUAAAUCUUGGGUUAGCUGGAUGUUCAUUCAUGACUAAAAGCUUCAUAAAUCCUUUGGGAAUUUGGAUCCCUCUUUGAGUCUGUCUCAAGCUGUUGUAUCGUUUUAACUGUGGCCUAAUGGCCCAGAAUGUGUUUCUUUAAAAGAAGCACAGUCACACAUAAUUCAUAAUAUAUAUAUAUAUAUAUAUAUAUAUAUAUAUACAUGCAAAACUCAACUAGUUUAUUGUUAUACCAUAACUUUUACCUGAUACAAGCACUUGAUCCCCCUCACCAUGUCAUUUUCAAAACUACUGUUUCAGGCAGUUUCAAUGAACUUUUUCUGCCAUAAAUCUGCAUGCAUACAUUUUCUGUUCAGAUGAAUGGGUUUGGCAUUAUUUUGUGUGUACAUAGCUAAACUUAGGCAAAAGCAAUGAUAUUUUGUCUCGGGCAAGAGAAUAUUUGCGUAAUUUAUUGUAAAAGAAAUUUAAAACCUCACUAAUGAGCAAAAUUGGUUCAAACCAUUAUGGAUACAGUGACAAUUCCUGUUUUUCCACAGAUGGAGAGGGAUUUGUUAAGGUAAUUUAAUCACCUCUUCCUCAUUGGCCUGCGAUUAGAGGAUUGCUGAGCGACUGAGAUGUCUGGAUUUAAAUGCACAUUAAUGUUCUUGUAGCACAUGGAUCUGAUAGAAUGAAAAGGCAAUUACUCCA